AUCGCAUAGAGAAACUAUCAUUAAGGGCCACGGUACGGCAGAGAGCGAAUGUGUGUGCGUACGAUCAUCGAUUGAACUUAUUUACGUAGUUGUUUUUAUUGCAUAUCACUUUGGACUUUGAUUACUACUACUGCUAUACAAUGGCUGCCCCUGUUGGAUUCGAAGCACAGAGAUUGAUAGCUCUGUCUCUGGGGAAAAUAUCUGCGAGCCGCGGUCAGCGAGGAGGGAUUAACUUGCACAAAAAUCUGUUGGUGGCCAGCGUGUUGUACAAAGCGAGGACGGUGUAUAUGAUGGAGAACGUUCAACAUAUGUUAGCGGCGAAACGGGCGGAACAAGAAUCGAACGCCGUGUCGACAAGGGAACAAGAAGAGGAGACGCCGGCGAAACAGGACAGCAACGUGGUUGCACAGAACGACGUACAACCGCCCUGCCACGAGGCGUCUGCGGAAAGUAGGUCAGUCGUGAAACAGACUACACCUAAAGUGCGUGAAUCAUUGGACAAAGAAAACACCCCGCCCAGCGGGAAUGUACCGCCACACAAAGUGGAAUGCACGCGGGACAACGAACCGUGUGAACCGAAAACGGACAAUAACACUAACAGCGACAACGGCAGCAGCAAUGUUCUACGGGACACUCGGUCAGAUCUUUCUCGCGUGGCUGGGGGCAAUAACAAUAAUUGUGACAGCGAUUACGUAAGUCAAGUGACGUGUGCGUCAUACGUGCUCAAAAGAAGGCGAAGCAUGGACACCGAGCGACAUCCGAUCGUGGCGAAAAAGCCGAAAUACUACGAAAAUGGCGACUCGACGACUACACAGGAGCAGAUGCAGACAGAAACGACACAGAUCUCGAAUUUAGUCAGUAUUUUCAACACAGGAUUCAACGGCCUGUGCUCGGCGGACCAGGACUCGAAAAACAAUGUCCACCUGAACUUCUCGCGAUCGGACAGUCACAGUGGGAUUUUGUGUAGUAGUCAGGUGGAACAGAGAGUGGACAUGGUACCAGUCAUAGCGUUGACUGUAUGAAUGAUUUGUUGUUGUUGUUAUCAUGUGAUGUGUGUUUGUGAGUGUAGUAUGUGUGCGGUUCCAUUUUCUUCAUCAUCACGAGUGUAUGUGCCACCGUGCUCGGGUGGUGACGUAAUCAUGACGUGACAUUUUUUAAUAACUGGAUCUCAUAGUCAUACUCAUAAGACUGGAUUGAUAUGUUUCAUAUGUACAUUGCCCAGUGGCUAAAAUGUGAUGUGGUGUUGUGACGUAAUGUUUGGGACAUAUCUGGGCUAUGUUUCAGAGCGCAAGUUCGUGUAAAUGUUAAUUUAAAAACACUUUGAUCUCUUGGUCUUGUGAACGUUCAGUGUUGUACAUCAGAAAUCAAAAACACUAUUUAUGAAAUGUUUAUAUAUAUUUCGCUAAAUAUUUUGCCAAUGGAAUACUUAAAAAUUAUUAUAUUAUACAAGGAGAUUUAAAAAAAAAGAAGGAAAAAAGGCCAACUACGUGUUUCCUGUACAUGAACUGAUUCAGAUAUUUGAGAUCGUGUUUUCUUUUGUACCACGUGCUUUGUUCAAAUUACCCGCAGCUAUAUUUAGCUUUUGGGCGUUCCGGGCGAAUACGAACAUAGCGCUUUGUGCUGCUAGGUUGUGGUUAACAAUACGCGCACAAAGAAAUGGUCAGCGACGCACAUGAAACGUGUCUCGACGCGAUCAAACAAAAAGACUACCUUCUACUCGCCAAGUCUGAACUUGGAGCGAGAAAUUUAAACAUGCUGUGAACGAACUGUGUAAACUUGAAUGAUUGUGUAUUUUGGAUGUUGCGGAUAUUCGGCAACGAGUAUCCGUUUAUUUAUCAAGAAUAAACAAUUUAAUUUUUAAAA